AAAGGGUAUAAAUAAGGGACUGCCAUCGCAUAAGUGGAAACAUCUUUGCCAUUCAUUGACUGGACAACACGUGUAUAGCUACUUGUAUCAGACACGAUGACUUCGACACUUUUUGUUCUCUUUGCACUUGCUGUCGCGGCUUCCGCAACAGUAGAGGUGAACCACUUAGUACAGACGGACGACGCAGGCCAUAAGAUACAAAUGGACGUGAUUCGCGACGAGGACGCUAAACUCGUCUUGUCUAUCAUUGGAGACGUCUCCCGAUACAGGGGAUCGAUACAGACUGUCAACUUUCAUGACUACAACGUGGGCUAUGGUGUUCUCAAAGAUAUCAACAGGAAAAUUUGUAUUCUAACGCGACCGUUGGUUCCGAUGCAGCCGUCAUGGAAAUACGAACAGGGCAUAACCGAUGAAGUUCAUUUCCACAACAUGCACUUCAAUCGCACAAAAAUGUCAAAUGAAGAAGUUUUGGAACUUGCUGGAUCAAACAUAGCCACUUUCUGCCACGAUUAUAAUACUUAUUAUGCAGAGGCCACGCCAGCCGACAGGAGAGAUAUGAUAGGUGAACUUGGAAUGGAAGGAAGGACACAAGCAAUGUGGUGUAUCUUCACUAUCUGUGGCUCUAUUGAAGGUGCGUACACACAAUUAGAGUAAAAACGAAGAAGAAGAAGAAGAUUAUGAAAAAAUACAAAAAUAAAUGUAUUAUUUGUUUAAUUCAAAUUAUAAUAAAAAAACAUUUUAUUAAUUAUGCGUAGAUCAAAACAAAUGUGGAAAAGGGCAGAGCACAUGAGUAAACUCAUAUAAACAAGAUAUGUACUAUUGUAAAAAAUACUAACGUGUUUAUUCAUUCGACUUAUUAAAACAACGUUUCAGCAAUGUUUUUAUCUUUCAUGUAACAUCUGGAAAAAACGUGUCUAAUUGUAUAAUGUAUUGUGACGUUUUGUGAGGCUUUUGUAUAGAAAAUAUGAUAUCUUGCGAUAAAAUAUUAAUGUUAUCGGCUACAAGAUGUUCAAUAAGUUUCAGAAAUUCGGGUGACACAAACAACAUCGGGUUAUAUACGUUUUUCGUAAGACAUUUUAAAAGAAAUUGAAAUUUAUCUUCAAGAGUAUAAAACAGAGUUGGAAUUUUUAUUUCUCGGGUUGUAUGCGGUUUAUUUUGAACAUUAUUUUAUUAAAAUUGGAAAUUUAAAAUAGCAAAUAAAACAAAAAAGGAUUCGCUGGACGUGUCUCUUAACUGUUUAUUCCAUUUUUGCGUAAAUUUAUCUCUCUUUGUUUGAAUAAGGUUAAUAAUAUUAAAUCUUUUAAUUUUUAACACCUUGAAUUAGCUGAACUCAUAGAUCAUUAUAAAAUGUGUUUUGUUUUAAAUGCCUAAUGUGUGUCCUUAAUCAUUUUGUAAGAUGCUUACUCUCCUUUUAUUCUAACAGAAUAUAUUCAAUAAAAAAAUAACCCAAUA